ACCUAUAGCAUACAUUGGUCAUCCACACCCUCAUCAUCAACAGUCUGUCACGGUUAUCAGACAGCAGUGCUCCCCGAGCCAGGAUGACAUGUAACGUAAACUUGGCUGUGGUUUUAAUUAUAUUAAUUCUGCCGCUCAACACUGAUGCUGCAGUUAAUAAGGUCUACGAGUGUCGCCUCCUGGCCUCGGGUGGCUUGAUUGACCUGAACCCCUUGUCCAACCUAGAUAACACUCCAAGAUUUCAUGACAUUCCCGACAAUGCUGCAUCCGACUUCAUGUACUCCUGGAAUCCAUGCGCGCCAUUCAGUGAAGGCAACGGCUGCCAAGGAGUGGAGCUGUGUCAAAUUUCCCCGACUACUGACGAGGCCCAUGUAUUGGGUAGGGGAGGCGACUCCAGAUUCGUGUUUGAAAACCCAGGAAGGGUGUUCUUUGUCUACAGCAUACUCUCCGACCUAGGUCAAACAAGAGAGACGUAUAUUGAACUCGUGUGUAACACUUCAGUUGAGGCUCAACUUGUCUUUCAGGGAGAAAACCCAGUAUUGAAAUAUCACAUGGUACUGACAAGCAAGUACGCAUGUCCCAAGCCUGUGCCUUCCAACAGCACAACGUCACCUUUAACCACGACCCACAGCAGCCCCGUGACAUCCCCAUCCACGACCCCCAGCAGUCCAGUGACACCCCGAUCCACGACCCCCAGCAGUCCAGUGCCACCCCCCUCCCCGACCCCCACGUCAACCCCAGGGCCAAACAUCUUCAACUUGGAGACAAUAACAAUACUCCUGGCAUGCAUAUUUCUGUCGCUCGUUUUCCUUCUUUUCCUGGUGUUCGUUGGUCUCAUCACUCGGCGUUAAAAGAUUCCAAACAACAGUUCGAAACAUUCUCACCACUCGACUCUUUCCGUCACCCGCAGGCCGCCAUUCGGGUGUUCCCGGACACGAGUGGUCACGAGGACAGAACGAAACCCCAUCCAUUGAAACGACGAAUCAAUAAAUUACCUCACGACAAA